AUGGACUUCAAAUCGGAGCUUCUCAAGUCCAUCUGGUAUGCCUUCACCUCGCUUGAUGUGGAGAAGUGUGGAAAGGUCUCCAAAUCUCAGCUGAAGGUGCUUUCCCACAACCUCUACACGGUCCUGAACAUCCCGCACGACCCGGUGGCUUUGGAGGAGCACUUCCAGGACGACGACGACGGGCCCGUGUCCAACCACGGCUACAUGCCGUACCUCAAUAAAUACAUCCUUGAUAAGGUGAAGGAAGGCAUGUUUGACAAGGAGAGGUUUGACGACCUGUGCUGGAUGAUGACCGUGAAGAAGAACCGCAAGGGACCGCCGCCCGAGGGGGCGCUGCUGUCUGAGAGGAACUGCUUCAAGCUCUUUUGUCUGUUCAACCUUCUCUCCGAGGAUCGCUACCCGCUGGUCAUGAUCCCGGAGGAGGUGGAGUAUCUUCUCAAGAAAAUCUGCAGCGCCAUGAGUCAGGAGUGGGACGGCAAACCAUUGGAGGACCUGGUAUCCCAGAAUCCCGCACUGCACGAGACGGGCAUGUCUGUCUGGAGCUUCCUGGAGCACAUGGACGCCGGACACCUGCUGCGGGUGUCCAGUGUGGAGGCCUUCCGCCUGGCCUUGAACGAGGUUUUCCUGGAGAUGUACCACAACGUCCUGAAGAGGGGCUACAUGUGGAAAAAGGGACACGUGCGGCGGAACUGGACAGAGCGCUGGUUCGUGCUCAAGCCGUCCUCCAUGGCCUACUACGUCGGCGAGGACCUGAAAGACAAGCGGGGGGAGAUCCUGCUAGACAAGACUUGCGUCAUCGAGCCGAUUCCGGACAGAGAGGGAAAACGUUGCUUGUUUUGCGUCAAAACUCACAACAAAACUUUCGAGAUUAGCGCUUCGGACCAGAGACAGAAAGUCGAGUGGACGCAAGCCGUGCAGACGGCCCUACGGCUUCAGAGCGAGGGGAAGCCGUCGCUGCACCGUGAGCUGAAGGCCAAGAGGCGGGUUCAGAGGGAGCACAGCCAACGGGAGCGCAGUUGCAGCGCCCGCAGCAGCUGCAGCAGCCAAUCGGAGGACUCCAGCACCCUGGAGGUGGAGCGAACUGACAAGGAGCGGCAGGACCUGGAGAUUGAGAACAUCAUACAGCACGCGCGGGAACUGGAAAGCCGACGGCGGGAGGCGGAGGAACGAGAAAGAAGAAAGCAAAGGGAGGUGCAGAUGGAACUGGAGCGACAACUGGAAGAAGCACAAAUGAUGAGGGAGAGCAUGCGGGCGGAGAUGCAGGAGCGGGCUAAGGAGGCCGAGCAACAGCGCCAGAGGAUUCAAGAGUUGGAGGUCACGCAGCGCAAGAUGGAGGCCGCGCUCAACAUGGAGAUUCAGGCGCGAAUGGAGGAGGAGAGAGCACGACAGGAGCUGGAGAGGUUGCUGGAAGCUGAGGAAGAGAAGAAGCAACAGUUUCAGCUCCUCCAAGAGCAGCAGCAGGUCCUGCGCAGCCUCGGCCCCGAUGAUGACGCCGACGCGGACCUCGGCGCCCCCGACGCCCUUCACUCGGCCUCUCGGGAGCUUCAGGAUCUGCGCGCGUCGCGGCAGAGGAGCCACCAGCAUUUGGAGGAAGUGCAAGAGAAGCUCAGGAACGCCAGUCAACACGUCCGCCACUGGAAUGUCCAACUGAACCGACUCAUGAAGCCCAUCGGCCCCGGAGAACGUUUGGAACGACGCUCCACCAAACACACGUGCCCAAAGAAGGAAGGCGCACUGGCCAGCAACGAGUUCAUCUCCAAGUUCAAGAUCCGAGGCGCUCGAAACAGCCACGCGCCCGAGGAAUACCGGGACGCGGUGGAGGAACACGUGGAGGCGGCCAACCUUUCCGACGACUCGGACGAGGCGGCGCAAACCUCAAACGGAACAAUAUGA